AUGUCAGCCUCAUCGCGCACAGCCUCGAGCAACCUUUCCCACGGCAGAGCCGCCGUCAUCGUUCUGACCAGUAUCGCCGCAAUAUACGGCACAUAUUAUGUCUACAGCAGUCGAAAUCCAGCAGGCUUCGUCAUCGAGAACGAAGCUCGCCCAGGCUCCGCCUUGCACCGAAGUAACGCGGUCCAUCGACGGCGAAGACGAGACACGCAGAACACCGAUGACCCAAACGCUCUUUUCGUGGAUGAGGAUAUAGAAAAUUCUGGAGAUGGGCGUGCAAUAGCUCCGGUCACCCUGACGGAUGGUGAGACGGUGGUAGAUGAUGCUUUCGACGACGAUCCCUAUCGCUAUAAUGAACCUCGGGCCACCUACACUCGCAGCGGGCAAAACAUUGUACAACUUCUUUUUCGAGUCUCCGAAGAUGCCACGCGAAGGAAUGCCUAUGUUCACAGGGGAUGCGCCUGCAAUAGCUGCGGUGCAGUUCCAAUAAGAGGCAUACGAUACCGAUGUUCGAAUUGCGCCGACUAUGAUCUUUGCGAAAGCUGCGAGUCCCAAGGCUUGCACAUCAAGACGCAUAUUUUCUACAAGAUCAGAGUGCCGGGUCCUUCUUUUGGGCCAAAGAAUAUCCAACCAGUUUGGUACGCAGGAGACCCAGACUCGGUGAUGAGAACUCUUCCAAAAGAAAUCACGACGAAGCUCGCUCGAGAAACGGGAUUUGAACGACCAGAACUGGAUGCAUACUGGGAGCAAUGGACAUUUAUGGCAAGCACCGAUUGGAGGGAUGAUCCAUAUGAUAUCAACCUGGCAAUGGACCGGAAAACCUUUGAGCGCUGUUUAGUUCCUUCUGGUGGAUAUCGACAUACAAGCCCCAGUCUGAUUUUUGACAGGAUGUUUGCCUUUUAUGACACUAACAAAGACGACCUGAUUGGCUUCCCGGAAUUCUUGCACGGUAUUGGAUAUCGUAAGAAGAAAGACAAAUGGGCUAGAAUUUUUGAAGGCUAUGAUAUAGAUGGCGACGGCUUCGUCGAAAGAAAGGACUUUCUUCGGAUGUUCCGCUCAUACUAUGUCCUUUUCCGACAGAUGCACCGGGACAUGCUCGAAGGAAUGGAGGAGCAGCAUAUGGCCUGCACAGAGGCACAUAGACUUGUAACUAGCAGACAGCCUUUGAGUAGUGCCUUUGGACUGGAUGGCAGAUAUCCCCGUGCACCUGAUCCGCGUACUGGUGAAGGAAAAACCGCAUUGUCCAAUGGAGAUCUAGAAAUCACAGACGGCAAAGGGGUCACUGAGGAGAACAGUGGAGAUACCGGAGCCCGAGAGCUUGUAUUCAAAACAAACACCAUGACACUUGGUCGAUAUCAUCAACUACUUCGAGAAAGUACAAGAAUUGGCGACAGACCUCGCAAUCGGAAUGAUGGAGGCUACUGGGAAACCAUAAUGGACCCUCCGCAAACCGAGGUUCAAGCAAACAGGGUCUUUCGCAACAUGAGGAGAUUCAGAGAGAUGGCUGAAGACGUUCUUCAUGGUCAGAUUAGAGCCGACAGGCAUUCUCAUGAUUCGGCCCUCAACUACCCUGAUGGUUUGUCCGAAACCGAUGAGGAAGAGGCUGCCGAUGCUAACGUCGAUCUUUCGUGGAUACCAAGCUAUGCCAGACCCACAGAUGAGGAUGCAGAGGCAAUUGAUGGUCCUGGAACACGCCUAGUGGACGUUCUCGAAAGCAGUAGGCGAAUGGUCAUCACUCAUGCCGUUUAUCGAGAACGUGCCGAACGUGAGAUAUUUGAAAGAUGGCAGCGGAGACAGUUUUUUACUGAUGAAGAGGAAGGUGCAGCCCCCCCGCGUGGCUGGAAAGAGGAGGAUGAUAUCCUAGCCAAUGCUACUGGUGAGAAUUCAAAAAGCCAACCUCGGCCAUCCAUGCAUUCGCGAUCAUCUUCAAAGGUACGGUUUGCGGAGGACAUGGAUGACUUUGAUACGAGAUCCAAUCCCUCUACUUCUUCGCGAAGUGUUCCUGAACGUUGGGGAGGUAUGGAUAUUCCCGACGCCGAGAAGGAUGCAGGCAAAGAAAUUCUUUAUCAAGUCACGCAGCAAUCAUUCAAUGAGCUCUUGGAUCCAUUGUUCAAGGAGAAGGAGAAGAGUGCUGUAUUAGCCGUCAAGUCCAAAGAUGCCAGAGAUAUCUACCGACCCUUGUUUACUACACCUACUUUUGAAUCAUGGGCGCGUGAGAGGCAGGCGAGGGAAAAGAGGGAACGAGACAGUCCAUUAAAAAGUCCACCUGAAAGGUCACAUGCCUGGGCCGGUUUUCCUGAAGUUGAUCUGGAUGAAAUUCGACAAUUACCAGUUGAAGAGUUGUUGAAUGAAGCUAGUUUUUCGGUAGUGGAUGAAACUUCAGCUGCACCAGGACCACGUGAGAGUGGGGUUAUUCGGGUCGACGAGGAAGAGAAUCUGAUAGAUGGGGACGGGGGUAUCUCGUACGCAGAUAGAAACGACCAUGAGGAUGGUCGAGAUGGUUCAAGUGGAAGAGUGGAGAUGAGAAGGGCCGGGUCUCCAUAUCCUCGACGUCCACGUAGUGGAAGUCACGCCUCGACUCCGGCUGAAGUUUUGGCUGCUAGUAGUAAUCCGUUCAUGCUCGAAGAAGAGGCAGAAUCAAUGACUUCGUCCUUACCCCAAAGUACACCCGCUGGAUCAAAUGAGGAAUCAAGAUCAUCUUCGCCCUCAUACCACGACCCAACAUUGCCACAAUUCCGACCAAACUCAAUAUCUUCUGUUCCCACUCCAUACUUUUCUCGCUUCGCAGAAGACCUACCUGAAGUCGAUGGAGAAGAGUUCACCUCACCUCAGGACCAACAAUCACACCAACAACGAGAAUCUAAGCGUUCAACAUCUAAACCCGCAUCCAAACCCAGCGGCAAAUCUUCCAAAUUCUCAGAAAGCAAAGCAAGCAAUGAUGGCAGACCUAGCGAUGAAAUCCUUUACUCCCUUUGGAUCGCUGAACAGACCGCUCUAGACGCGGAGCGAAAGGGGGGAUACGGAAAGUUGGAUUUCGCGGAGUUUGAGGCGACGGUGAAGAAGUUUGUCAAGGAGGGAAAGGCGAACCGGAUGGAGUAUCUGGGGAGCUGGAUUGAUCUUUGUAUUCCUCCUUGA